CACCACGACCAGCAAGACGACGCAGCUCGCACGCUCAAGGUUCUGCCUCGCUCAAGCACAGCAGGCCACUCCGAUCCACGAUGGCGUCCUCCGCGCCCGCCGCGUCCGAGCGCACGCCGCUGCUGGCCCCGCAGGCAGCACGCGCCUCGGCCGACUCCUCGUCCGAGGCAGUCAGUCCAGGCGGAUCCACAACGGCAGAGCCGGCGCCAGCAGAUGCCGAAGCCGAGCACGAGGCCUUCGAGCGUGCAAAGGAAGCACUGCCAUUGUCCAUCCUUGUACCCUCGAUCCUCUCGCUCUUCACCGUCCUCUUCCUCGCAGCGCUGGACGGCACCUUGACCGUCACGCUCGUCAGCUCCAUCUCGUCGUCCUUCAGCGCCGCCGAGCUGCUGCCCUGGCUGGGCCUCUCGUACAUGCUCUCCACCUGCGUCUUCUCGCCCAUCUACGGCAAGCUUUCGGACGUUGUCGGACGCAAGCCCGCCAUCCUGACUGCCUUGGUCCUCUUCAUGCUCGGCACAGGCCUCUGCUCAACCGCCACGUCGAUGGCGUACCUCAUCGCCGCACGCGCCGUGGCCGGCAUGGGCGGCGGUGGGCUGUUGACGUGCACGAGCAUCAUCCUCACCGAUCUGCUGCCGCUGCGCAAGCGCGGCCUCUUCCAAGGCCUCACGCAGAUCAUCUUCUCGAUCGGCUCGGCCCUCGGCGGUCCCGUGGGCGGCUUCUUGACCGAGGCGCUCGGCUGGCGCGCUGCGUUCGGCGUGCAGGUGCCGCUCUUGGGUCUCUCGACGCUGGCGAUCGUCAUCUUCCUGCGUCUGCCUCCACACCCCUCAUCGUCGGGUCCAACGUCGACCGCCGGCUUCUCCUCGCGCGCCAUGACGCUCCUCGGACGCAUGGACCUACUUGGCUCCCUCUUUCUCGUCACGAGUCUGCUCUCGCUGCUCUUUGGCCUCUCGCUGCUCUCUGCCUCGCGCUUGCCCUUCUCGCACCCGGCAGUGUACAGCUGCCUGCUCGCCUUCCCGCUGCUCGCUGCGGCUUUCGUCUACGUCGAGUCGAUCGUCAAGGAGCCCGUGUUGCCGCUGCGCCUUCUACGCCAGCGCACCACGGUCUGUGCUUCGCUGUUCUACUUGCUCUCCUCGGCGGCGAUCACUGGCUUGUUCUUCCACCUGCCGCUCUACUUCGAGGCGGUGCUGCUGCAGUCCCCGCGCCAAGCCGGCCUGCACUUCAUUCCACUGUCCGUCUUCACGUCUCUCGGCUCCGUCGGUGCCGGACUGUACAUGAAGUGGUCAGGCAGAUACUGGUGGCUCCUGCUCGCCUGCAACGUGGCGACGGUGACGAGCACGGCGUACCUGGCGACGUGGAACGAACGUACGUCGGACAUCGGCACGUGGCUCGGAAUUACUCCCUGUGGAGGAGGAGCGGGCGCUUAUACCAUCAUGCUCGUCGCGGUCAUCUCGUCGCUGGGACGCGCGGACCAGGCAGCCGCCAAUGGCCUCAUCUACCUCAUGCGCGGUCUCGGCCAGGUCGUCGGCCUCUCGCUGCUCGGCGCGCUCUUCCAAGAGCUGCUGGCUACCCAGCUCAACGCACGCAUCACUGGUCCGCACGCCCGCGAGACCAUCGAGCGCCUGCGGCAUGACACGACGUACAUCCUGCGCCUGGGCGACAAGCUGCAGAAGGAAGCGACAGCAUCGUACGCCUUUGCGUUCCGAGGCAUGAUGCUCGCAGUGACGGUGCUGUCUGUGCUGUGCAUCCUGCUCGGCAUGGGCGUGCGUGAGCACUCGCUCGGCGGCGAGAAGAAGGCGGACGAGGAGGGCGCGCCGGCUGGUCCGGCGGCGGCGGCCUCGCAAGAAGAGCGCGCAUAGAUGCUGUGGCCUCGCUUGUCUAUCAGAACGACCCGAAUGAUAGAUUGUGAUGAUGAC